AUGGAUACGCUGUCAGCUUAUCUGCAUAACAAGGCCGUAUUUCUGCUUCCAGACUAUACGCCAUGUUCUCAGAACACUAGCAAAGGAGAUGCAAAGCUCGGUAAUCAGCCAGAUGACGAGCAACCUUGUCUUGAAAGCCCUGCCAAUAUACCCGUCAAUAGCUCAUCCUAUAUCCGAGGAAGUGUCAAUCUUCCGGAUAAGAUAAGCUCUGUCCUUCCAGAGCCAUCUCUUACGACCCAGUACUUGCCCACACCAAGCAAAACGGUCACUGAAUCUCAACAGAGCCUUGAGACCAAUGACGUUCCCCCGUCCUACGGGAACUUUUCAACGCAGCUCUUCAACUAUCCACUGAAGGUAAGCACAGUAACAGAAAGUCAGUCGGACGUGCCAGUCCGGCAGCCGACCACAUCGAUUCCACAGCCCUCAUCUGCUACGCAAGUUUCCACCCCAUCUGAUGACUACAUGACUCUAUUAUCUGAUCUGACUAACGUCUCCUUAGAAACAAAGAGCUCUAUCCUUCUAGACGAUACAUUUGAUAACAGGAUCACGCGGUCUGUUGGUGACUCCAGGGUCCAGACUACUAGGCAUCGACAUAAGGGAUCCCAGCAGCCUCCAGAGAGCAGAAGAGCAGCAAGAGUAGUGCCUGCAACGGAGUAUGGAUCUUCCCUCCCAGUAUCACAACUGGCUCUGUACCAGCAUCCAGGGUCGAUGCAUAUGGGGCAGAGACCAUAUAGUGGAUAUCUUGGAACAGCAGGACGACCCUCCCAAGUAGCUCUGUUUCAUGCAUCGCAAGAUGUAGUUGCUGAAGCGGACCGCAUCAUGACACUGAUGCACGCCAUUAAAGAUCGACUUGCAUCAGGAGCUGGUCCACAACAGGCACUUGAGCUCCACUACUACGAGCUUAGACAGAUGUACCUGGACCUGUUAGAGCAGGUCCUCCUUUGA